CUCCACUGCCCGACGAGGAAUUUUCACGCGCACGCCCCCCACCGCACUCCACUCCAGGAAUCCAAUCCAAUCCAAUCCCCCCGUAUAAAUCGACGACGCCGAGAGCGAGCGAGCCCAACCAUUAACCCCGUCGCACCGCACCGCAGCGCCACCGAUCCAUCCUCCCCUCCCUCUCCCGGGGAUCCGCUGAGGGCCGGCGCCGGCCAUGGAGGUCUUCUACUACGUCGUCUUCGGCGCGCUCGCCGCCGUCGUGGCGGGGCUCGAGCUCGGCAAGAGCGGCAAGGACCGCGUCGCCACCACCUCCGCCUUCAACUCCUUCAAGAACAACUACGUCCUCGUCUACUCCCUCAUGAUGUCCGGGGAUUGGCUGCAGGGGCCCUACGUGUACUACCUCUACAGCCAGUACGGCUUCGACAAGGGCGACAUCGGCCGCCUCUUCAUCGCCGGCUUCGGAUCCUCCAUGCUCUUCGGCACCAUCGUCGGCUCCCUCGCCGACAAGCAGGGCCGCAAGAGGGCCUGCAUCACCUACUGCAUCAGCUACAUCCUCAGCUGCAUCACCAAGCACUCGCCCGAGUACAAGAUCCUCAUGAUCGGCCGCAUUCUCGGAGGCAUCGCCACCUCCCUGCUCUUCUCCGCCUUCGAGUCCUGGCUCGUCGCCGAGCACAACAAGAGGGGCUUUGAUCCACAAUGGUUGUCCAUUACAUUCUCCAAGGCUAUCUUCCUUGGGAAUGGCUUAGUUGCCAUUGUAUCUGGCCUAUUUGCAAACCUUCUUGCUGAAAACUUGGGUUUCGGUCCUGUGGCUCCUUUUGAUGCGGCUGCAUGCUUCCUGGCGAUCGGGAUGGCUAUCAUAAUGUCAUCAUGGAGUGAGAACUAUGGCGAUCCAUCUGAAAGCAAGGACCUCAUGGCCCAGUUCAAGGUUGCAGCGAAGGCAAUUGCUUCAGAUGAAAAAAUUGCAUUGCUGGGAGCCAUACAGUCAUUGUUUGAGGGCUCAAUGUACACUUUUGUCUUCCUAUGGACUCCAGCAUUGAGCCCAAAUGAAGAAGACAUUCCUCAUGGUUUUAUCUUUGCUACAUUCAUGCUAUCAUCCAUGUUGGGUAGCUCAAUUGCGUCACGCCUGUUAGCCCGGAAGCUUAAGGUUGAGGGUUAUAUGCAGAUUGUGUUUUCAAUAUCAGCUGUCACCCUUGUGCUCCCUGUUGUCACCAACUUUUUAGUGCCGCCAUCUUCUGUGAAAGGAGGUAGCAUGUCAUUUGGAGGCUGUCUUCAGCUUCUCGGUUUCUGCACCUUUGAGGCAUGCGUUGGCAUAUUCUGGCCAUCAAUCAUGAAGAUGAGAUCGCAGUACAUUCCUGAGGAGGCAAGGAGCACGAUCAUGAAUUUCUUCCGCAUUCCACUGAACCUGUUUGUUUGCGUGGUGCUUUACAACGUGAAUGCAUUCCCUAUCACUGUCAUGUUUGGAAUGUGUUCUAUCUUCCUCUUCAUGGCAGCGAUCUUGCAGAGACGGCUGAUGGUUGUUUCUGACCUACACAAAUCAUCAACAAAAGCACAAGAAAUGAUCGGGGAAGAUGAGCCACUAAAUCCUUAGAUGAUUUCAACAGAAUCAUACACGACACAAGUCAGUUAUGAAGUCGGCAUCCAUACUGCAAUUCAUUUCCACCUGUGGAAUAAGAUGAGAACCCUGUAGUAGAGUCCGGUUGUUUUCGUUUGUAAUUUCAUUUCUGUAGUGUAGAUUUGACCAGGCCGUUAGUCUCCACCAACUUGGAUCUACUUGUAUCCAGAGGGCAACAUAUAUAGUUCAGCAAGCAUUGAGCUAUUCCUAUGUCGAGAUUAGAUGAGUUGGUGAAUGGAUAUGAGCUCUUUGCAUUGUCGUUUCUUGCUAUUAUUUCAAGCGUGACACUGUCCGCUUUAGACGAUAUGAUAUGUACUCUAGAAAGCUAUAUUACUGCACAUGAUAACAAUGGUAAUUGAUUUAUUGUAGAAGAAAAAUCUGCUGUAUCUUCAAA